UCUGAAAACACUGGUUGCCUGUUGCUUCCCGUUCUCCGACUCAAACUCAAAUCAAGAGAAAGAGAUUCCCAAGCUAAUAGGAAACAGAAGGUACACAAACUCAACACCACAGAAUUCGAAAGCUAAUCUUUCAGAACAGAGUUCACGCAACAGCAAGACUCCGCUACUUUGUCUCUCUAUUGUUCGGCCUGAAAUGGAAACAGCAGUUCGGUUUGCGUUCAGUUUCCUCGCUUUUCUCCUUUCGUUUGGACUCUUUUCCUGGAUAAUCGAGGGAAGGAAGAAAGUGAAACCUCUUAAGAGGCUGAGGUUACCACCAGGCCCGCCGAAGCUUCCUGUGAUCGGACACCUGCACCACAUCAUAGGACCACUCCCGCAUCACCACCCUCUGAGGAAUCUGGCGAGCAAGUACGGGCCGCUAAUGCACCUCAAGUUCGGUGAAGUUACCGCAGUCAUCGUGUCUUCAGCCGAGGCUGCAAAGAUGGUGCUCAAAGCUCAUGACCCCGCGUGUGCAGAUAGGCCGAAAAGCGUGGCUACACAGAUAAUGUGGUACAACUAUAGUGACAUUGUGUUUAGCUCCUACGGCGAUUACUGGAAGCAGAUGCGCAAGAUAUGCAUUUUGGAGCUGCUUAGCGCGAAGAAUGUGCGUUCGUUCGAGUACAUCAGGAAGGAUGAGGCUUCACUUCUCAUCGGGUCGAUUCAGUCAACUCACGGGGCGCCAUUUGACCUGACCGAUAAAAUUUUCUUGUUCAUGAACUCUAUGACGUGCAGAGCUGCGUUCGGGAAUGCAUCCAUGGAUAGAGCUGUGGCUGUUAAGUUGAUCAAGAAAGCGAUCUGCUUGGCGGGACACUUUGACCUGGCUGAUCUGUUUCCCUCGUUUAAACUAUUCGAUUUCCUUACUUGGAAUAAAUUCGAGCUGCUUAAGCUACGGAGGAAACUGGACAAGAUUCUGGACGAUGUAAUCAAUGGGCACGAAAGGAAUCUUGCUUCGACCAAGAUGGGGUACGGGGAGCUAGGUACGGAAGAUUUGGUUGAUGUCCUUUUGCGGUUGAAGAAAAGUGGCGAACUCGACUUACCCAUAACCAACGACAGCAUCAAAUCUGUUAUCUUCGAUAUGUUUGCUGCUGGGACAGAGUCUUCAUCGUCAACAGUCGACUGGGCCAUGGCAGAGCUAAUGAAGAACCCACGCGCAAUGGAAAAAGCACAACACGAGAUAAGGGAAGCUUUCAGAGGAAAGGAGGAGAUCAAGGAGUCUGAAAUCCGAACGCUCAAGUACCUCAAGAUGGUCAUAAACGAGACGCUGAGGCUGCACCCUCCGGUUUCUCUAAUCCCGAGAGCAUGCAGGGAGGAGUUUGAGGUAGACGGGUACGACAUACCUCUCAACGCCAACGUGAUUGUCAACAUUUGGUCAAUUGGGAGAGAUCCAAAGUAUUGGCGCGAUGCAGAGAGCUUCGAGCCAGAGAGGUUCGAGGAAAAUCCGAUUGAUUACUUGGGGAGUCACUUUGAGUACAUCCCGUUUGGAUCGGGGAAGAGGAUAUGCCCCGGGAUGACAUUUGGCAUAGCCAACGUGGAGUUCGUUCUAGCGCAGCUGCUCUAUCACUUCGACUGGGAGCUUCCUCCGGGAAUGAGCCACGAUGAUCUGGAUAUGACUGAGGUCGACGGCAUUGCUGUAUCAAGAAAGAGUAGCCUUCGUUUGAUGGCUCAACCGUAUGAUCCAGAGGAUUGAUUAUAGUUUGUAUACCAACCUCAAAAAAAAACUAACUUUGGUAAUAGAAUAAUGAGUCACUGUCACUCCCUAGUUGCACAUAAUCGAUCUAGACAUCUAUAAUUAUGUAUUAGUAAUAAAGUACUACUACUACUACUA